AUGGGGUUUGCGGUGAAGAAGAGGCGUAGGAAUUGGUGUAGUAUCGUUGAUGGUGAUGGGUGGUGUAGGAUUUUGAAGGAUCAAAAGUUUUACACUUCGAUGGGGAACAAUGUACUGAAUGUAGGAAUGGGACGAAUUCCUGAAAAAGGAUCGGGGGCUUUAUUUCUUAAAGGAUUCGAAAAUGUCGUAACGUUAUCUUCGUUAAUCGAAUAUGAUGUUUUUUUUAACUCUUCAAAAUGA